AGGUUCAGUUCGCGGCUCUUCGCGAUCAGUUGCGCAUAAUGAUUCGAUCAGGAGGGACCUCCAACCAAACGGUGCUGCUGCUGCUAGUUCUGGCAACGAUUACCUUCGUCGCCGGUAGAGCAGUGAGGAAGACCGUAGAUAACUCCGAUCGGAGUCGAACCGAAGACUACAUCACACAAUACGAGAUCAAUACGGAACGCUACCGGGUCACCACGGACGAUGGCUACCAACUGAUAGUGUAUCGAUUGCUUCCGCAAGUUCCAGCUCAGGGUGCGGUCCUUAUCCAGCACGGAAUUCGUCAAUCGUCUGCCGGUUGGCUGAACCUGGAAAAGAAUCUCCCAAUGCAGCUCUUGGAAGCCGGGAUGGAAGUUUGGCUCGGAAACUCUCGGGCAUCGCCCGAAUCUGCCGGUCACCUGACCUUCUCCAACGACUCAAGUCAGUUCUGGGACUUCAGUUUCCAUGAAAUUGGCUUCUACGACCUGGCGGCUAUGAUAGAUGCCGCCUUGGAGAUCUCUCAGCGCAAACAGCUCCACCUUAUCGCCUACUCCGAAGGAGCUUCAGCUGCGCUUACUCUGCUCUCGGAACGUCCCGAGUACAACGCCAAGAUGACGUCCGUGAAUCUUCUCGCCCCGGCUGCCUUCAUGGCCAACAGUCAGUUCAAACUGGUCGCGUUGCUGUUCAACAAAUUCCGAUUUAUCUUACCGAUGUCGGUCGACCAGAUCCUGAUCAAUAGCAAUCAGCUGUCGAAGAACUCCCGGAAACAGUUGGAGCACUACCAGCAGUUGAUCCUGUCCGGGCAGUUUCGACGAUUCGAUCACGGUCCAAGGAGGAACAUGGAGCGAUACGGAAGUCGCGAUCCUCCAAACUACGACCUCUCGAAGAUCACUCGGCCAGUGGUUCUACACUAUGGCGGCCGGGACAGCACGGUCCACCCAAAGGACGUCGAACACCUCAGUACCCAGCUGCCGAAGGAAACGGGCGUCCAGUUGAUCGAGUACGACCUGUUGGACCACGGCGACUUUUCGUCUAGGACGGAAGCCGCCAGUAACGUCUACCCUAUGGUCGUUGAGGACAUCGUUGCCAAGUCCAAACAAAUAGAGGAAGUAACGGUAGCGAAGGAGGCCCUAAUGAGUGAAUAAGUGCGAGUGCGAAUAAAUUAUUGAUUAGCAAACUAA